GGCUAGCAUUUGGAAUGUUUAUUACCAUGUUCAUAUAAUUUUUGACUCACAAAGAGCAUGGAUUUGCCUGUUCUCUCCAUAUAUAACAUUUCCAAUUCUGAUCUUUUCUGUUCCAAUUUUCUAAGGAUUUCAUUAGAACCUGUUUCAAAGUGCAUCCCCCCCCAACUUCUGUGUUUCAUGUUCCUUUAACAGGCGCUGCUUCCCAUGAUAGUUACGUAAAAGGAAUCUCCACCAUGCUAUUUAGUUUGGCACUAGCAUUCCAUGUGUUCUGAGGCAGGACAAAGGUGCUGCCCAUUGGGGCAGACUGUUCCCGUCACCACUGUUUUUCCUGUUCCUUUUUUUAGCUGGUGGUACUGCUUGAACUUCAAAUGUGUUGGAGGACAUGCUGGCUUAUGUGAGUCCAAGAAGCGGUUGAUUGUGUAGCGUGGAUGGAGCCAGACACCACAUGCAAAAUGGGCUGUGGCUGUGCUCUCCCUCUGCCUCACUACCAAAACUACACAGAUCUUGAAAGUGGUUAGCUUUUUUUCCAUGAGCAGAUUUUAUCCCAGAGGUGCCCCCCUCUCUUAUCUCAGCUGCUGGGAAAACUUCCUCCUGUGAUACACACUUUGUCCUUCAAGCACCAGCUGCUACAAGAAAGCAGAGUUUGUGCUUUGGGAGAACUUUUGAGUAACAAGGAGACAAGAAGGAUUUGCGCUGAAGUGGGUGGAAUGGAAUGCAGCCAUACUCUGGGCAAAGAAAAGGGCAAACUAGUUAGGGCAGUUCUUCCCAACAAAGGGCUUUAGUAGGAAAGAGAUACUAUUUAAAUCAAACUGCAGUCUUGGGACUUAAAAUGCAGUAUGUGUGAGUUGCAGUAAUGAAAGUGUGACCUGCUUACCCUCUAGUAUAGCAGAUUUGAUCGCUCUGUGCUUUUUGCUGUUGGGUAACCUGCCUUCAUCUAAGACAGAAUAGAUAUGACCAUUUCCUGUUGCCUUUUAGCAUAAAAGCAUCAGAAGAACCCUGCAGCAGCUGAAUAAUCUGGUCAAAUAGGGGCCCAUCUAGUCCAGCACCUGGUUUUCAAAGCGGCCAGCCAAAUGCCCCAACAGGAAACCUGCAGCAAAGAGUACCAGUGUGGUGGUUGAAUUAGCCAGAAUGUCAGGCUAUGAGGAACUGGUUCCAGCCAGGUUCAAAGCAUUGAGCAGGAAAACUCCCUGGGUCAGCCUGGUCACAGGGUGGUGGUUAUGAAAAAGGUUGUGCUGGAGGAACCAGGUAUGCCACCUGGAGAUCUUAGGAGGAAAGGUGAGGAAUCAAUGUUCUGUCUGCCCCUCGGCUGCUUCACCUGUACAGGGCCUAGUGCUCUGCUGCUCAACUGCUGCAAGAGGCUUGUGCUUGAAGGAACACUUUACCACUGCCUCCCCUCGCCUCUAGAUCUCUUGGACUACAGGUUACAUCAGCACAACCAUCUGAGACUAGGCCUGAUAGGAAUUGCAGUCCAAGAAGUCUGGCAAGCAGCAGGUAGGGGGAGGAACUGCUUUCCACUGAGCUCACUCCGCGUGUCCUUAAGGCAUUGACUGCUUCCUUGAGGAAUGAAGAGUUGAUUCAGCAGCAAGCUGCACAAACACAGGGCAUGAGGGUGGAGUUAAUGAUUACCAGCUGCCAGCAUGCUGGACUCCAGCUCUGGCACUUGCCUCCAGCCAAGCUCAGCUACCUUCCCUGUGGCAAGAUGCUUGCAGCGUUACCUGUGGCUGCAAUGGUGGGCUUGUUGGUGGGGGGGCUGGAACUUGCCCAAGCCCGCAAGUCUGAACCUCUGAGUGGUUCCAGCGACCAGCCUCUUUUCCGUGGGGCGGACCAGUACAACUUUGGCAUUGUCAUCCCUGCAGGCAGCAUAGAGUGCUUCUGGCAAUUUGCCCAUCAGAGCGGCUUUUUCUACUUUAGCUAUCAGGUGCAGUGGUCUUCAGGUCUUGGACAUGACCAACACAUCCUGGCAACUGCAAAUGACCCCAAUGGGCUCCACCUUGGCACCUCCCAGGAUACACGGGGGCAGAUCAACUUCCAAACCAAGGAAACAGGCUUCUAUCAGCUCUGUCUGAGCAAUCGGUACAACCAUUUUGGCUCGGUGCAGGUCUACCUCAACUUUGGGGUCUUCUAUGAGGGCUUUGAUCUACAAACUCCACAAGAAGCUGAGAGGAAAAGACUUAACGACACACUGGAUGCAAUUGAGGAGAGCACCAAAAAACUGCUGAACGGCAUCUUCCAAAUGUGGCGCUACUACACUUUUAGUCGGAUGAAGAGCACCUCAGACUACUUCCUUCUGGAGUCCAAUUACAACUACGUGAACUGGUGGUCAGCGGCCCAGAGCCUGGCCAUUGUUCUCUCUGGUGUCCUGCAACUCUACUUCCUCAAGCGCCUCUUCACCACACAGCCCACCACAGCCACCAACAAGCCACGGUGCUGAGGCUGCUUCAGAAGGCUAUUUAUGCCAGGCUGAAAAGCUAAACUGCUCUCUCCUUGCCACCCUCUUAACACCCAACUGACUAAAUACCUGCAAGCCGCAAAGGAGAGCAAGGGCAUGUCCACCUGCUGGUGCGGCUUCUUUUUUGGAGGGGUGUUGGCUGAAAAAUCCAAGUAUUCUUCCAGAGGAGCCACAGGGGGGUGGUUGACUUGAAAUGAAACUGCCCCAAGUUAAAAUAAACAUGACUCAAAAUGCAGGAGUCCUGCUGCAACCACA